CAGUGAGACAGAGAGAAAAACAGAGUAAGAGACUGUUUUUGAAUGUGUGGGAGAGAGAGACUGUCAAUUGAAGUGACGGCAAAAAAAAAGUUGAAGAGCCCGCUGAGAGGUUGGAAGAGAACAUCACUGUGACUGACUGCGAGAGAGGAGCAAGAGAAAGAGAGAAAGAGAGAGAGAGAGAGAGAGAGAGAGAGGGAGGAUGAGUGUGGGGAGGAUCAGCCGUUAUAGCAUCGUCUCCUCUGAGGAGGAUGGCCUCCGUCUGACCACAAUGCACGGCGGCGGUGGCGGCGGCAUGAACGGCUUCGGCAACGGCAAGAUCCACACGCGGCGGAAAAGCCGCAACCGCUUCGUCAAGAAGAACGGCCAGUGCAACGUGCAGUUCACCAACAUGGACGAGAAGUCGCAGCGCUACCUGGCCGACAUCUUCACCACCUGCGUGGACAUCCGGUGGCGCUACAUGCUGGUGGUCUUCACGCUGGUGUUCGUGGUGAGCUGGCUGGCCUUCGGACUGGCCUUCUGGGCCAUCGCCCUCUUCCACGGGGACCUGGACAACCCGGCCGGGGACGACAACUUCACGCCAUGCGUGCUGCAGGUCAACGGCUUCGUGGCGGCGUUCCUUUUCUCCAUCGAGACGCAGACCACCAUCGGCUAUGGCUUCCGCUGCGUGACCGAGGAGUGUCCGGUCGCCGUCUUCCUGGUGGUCUUCCAGAGCAUCGUGGGCAGCAUCAUCGACUGCUUCAUGAUCGGCGCCAUCAUGGCCAAGAUGGCGCGGCCCAAGAAGCGCGCCCAGACGCUGCUCUUCUCCCACAAUGCCGUGGUGGCCAUGCGCGACGGCAAGCUCUGCCUCAUGUGGCGCGUGGGCAACCUGCGCAAGAGCCACAUCGUGGAGGCGCACGUGCGCGCCCAGCUCAUCAAGCCGCGCGUCACCGAGGAGGGCGAGUACAUCCCGCUGGACCAGCUGGACAUCAACGUGGGCUUCGACAAGGGCCUGGACCGCAUCUUCCUGGUGUCGCCGCUCACCAUCCUGCACGAGAUCGACGAGGAGAGCCCGCUGUACGGCGUCGGCAAGCAGGACCUGGAGACCGCCGACUUCGAGAUCGUGGUCAUCCUGGAGGGCAUGGUGGAGGCCACGGCCAUGACGGCACAGGCACGCAGCUCCUACCUGGCCAGCGAGAUCCUGUGGGGCCACCGCUUCGAGCCGGUGCUCUUCGAGGAGAAGAACCAGUACAAGGUGGACUACUCGCACUUCCACAAGACCUACGAGGUGCCCAGCACGCCGCGCUGCAGCGCCAAGGACAUGGUGGAGAGCAAGUACCUGGUGCCGGCCGCCAACGCCUUCUGCUACGAGAACGAGCUGGCCUUCCUCAGCCGCGAGGAGGAGGAUGAGGAGGAGCAGGAGAGGAGCCGGGCGGUGGGCGGCGGGGAACGCGCGCUGCCCGGCAUUAGCCCUGACCGGACCAGCCGCCUGCAGACGCCGCGGCCCCACGAACAGAGGUCGUACCGCCGCGAGUCGGAGAUAUGACACCCUGACGACGCUAGGACACCCUGACGACGGCCCCGCUCCUAGAGUCCGUCUGUGUGGCGUUUGUCUCGCGAGUCCAAAAACAAAACAAAACAAAACAAAACAAAACAUGCAGAACAAUGCAAAGUGCCAUAGAGGGGAGUUGGACAAGCACAGAGUGUGUGACAGAUACACUGGAAAAAGAGAAGGGCAGGUUGUCAUGGUGAGUAGGAGAACACACACAGGACACAGUGGACUGUGGGGACUAACGGGAGAGGACAGGAGAGAAUAGCCGACACUAUGAUGCACCAGGGGACGAGGGGGCCUGAAGGACACUAAUAAUCCUGCAAGGAAAACUUGAAUAUUUCCUCUGUUUUUUUCCAUGAAGGUAGUUUCGACACAUACAAGAACGUCUCUAGGUUAUGUAAAUAUAUCACAUAGAUAA